AUGUCAUCCUAUCCAACAAGCCCAGGAGCAUUGGAUGAUUUGCCUUCCUCAUCAUUAUCUUCAUCACCUUCACCACUACAACCACCCAUCAUCACCUCAUCCAUCAUCAAUAAUAGUAGUACAACAACAAUAACAACAACAAAUCACAAUAAUGAAUCUUCACCUCGAGGUGGAGCUUCCACUGUUGGAAGUGAUAAUAGUGAAUUGUGUGAACAGAUUUGCAUUGAUCAACAUUUACUACAAACCUAUCAAUAUGCUGAACCAGCCUAUAUUAACAAGAUUUUACAAGAAUUCAAGUCGGGAAGAAAGUUAAAAUCAUCCCUUGAGAAGAAAGCUACCACACUCAAGGAUCAUUAUUUUGUAUUGGAUGAUGAGGAAACUUUUAUAGAGGUAAAGGAUUCGAAAAAGAAGGAAACUAAAGUACAUGUGUUUUUACGAGAUAUUAAACAAAUUUGUGGUAGUGACAUGAUGGGUAAAGCAGCAAAAACUCAAUCAAAAGGUUAUUUUGGUAGAAAAAUAGAGUCACCACAAUUGGAACAUGGAUAUACAAUUAUUUAUGGUGCCAAGGAUGAACAAAUUGAUAUCAUGUGUGAGAGUUUGAAUGAAUUUAAUGAAAAUAUUUGUUUACUCAAUUACUUGAUUAGAGAAUCAAGAAUUAGUUAUGAUAGAGAUCCAACCAAGUUGUUGAUUUUAAAACAUUGGAUGAAAGCUGACGUGAAUAAUGAUGGACAACUGGAUUACAAG